AUGACGAAUACUUCCGACGGCUGGACUGGGAGCCUCUGGAAGGCUUUGCCGAAGGCUUUCUUUGACCUCCUCGCGGCGGUGUGGAACGCAGUGCUUGAUGGGGCCCCGCUGCCGGCCGCGUGGGUGCAGGUACGCGUGUGCCUCAUUCCGAAGGAUGAUGGUGGCUUGCGCCCUCUUGCCAUCGCUGCGCUAGCUUGGAGGCUGGGCGCGACUUGCCUGGUUCGGCAGCUCACCGGUUGGGUGCACGAAGUUUUUCCUGCGGAGCUGUUUGGUGGCAUGCCGCACAGAGGAAUUGAUGACGUUCAUGCUGCUCUUUCCAACGCUCUCUUCCUGCAACGUGGUGGCGGGCCUCUUGCGGGCUGUAAGGCAGACGUCAAGAAGUGCUUUGACUCUGCGGACCCCAAGCUGGCAGUGCAGUGCAUGCGACGUUUAGGGGCUCCUGAGAACGUGCUCACUGUCAUCGAGCGCUUUUACCAGCUUCACGAGCGCUGGCUCAUGGUGGAGGGGGCCUGUGCCAGGCACCCUGUGGUUGAGGCUGCGGCUUUGCUGCAAGGAUGCCCGUUUUCUCCUCUUUGCCUCAACAGUAUGAUGACAGUGUGGCUGGCGGCGGUGAAGAAAGCUGAUACAGGCUGUACUUUGUCGGUUUUUCUUGACGACAGGGCCAUCUGGGUGCGAAAGCGCCGUGGUGCGGCCAGAGCUGUGCGGGCGGCAAUGGUGGCGGGAAGGGAAGCAGACCAGGCUUUAGGCUUCGAGCUGCAUCCGGCUAAGUUGGAGAGCUUUGGCACUUCACAGCCUGUGAGAGAAGAUUUGUUGGCUGCAGCUGACGAGGUGGGCAUUCCGCAGCAGACGUUUCGGCUUUUGGGUCUUCCUUACAACACCACGGCGGCCUCUCCGAUCGCUGCUGGCACCGUUGGCAAGGUUCUUAAAGCGAGGUGCAAGCGCAUCCAACUGUGCGGGCAAUCCAGGAGUCUUCGUUGCGCGCUUCUUCGGCUUCUGGUAGUUCCUCUUUUCCGUUGGGCCGCGCCUUGGCUUCGACAGUACAAGAAGGACGUACAGGCAUGGACUGGUGCCAUCGAGCGAGCGGCCUGGGGCGGCAGCAUACCCAGAGGCCGUUCGCCUGCUCUGGCUUGGGCAGCUGUGCUGGGGCUUGAGCUCUACCCGGCUUUCGUCAACGCGGAGACUGCAGUCCUACGUGAACACCGCAGACUACAGCUUGGGCGGCAUCCGCGCGAGGCUCCUCAGACCAAGGCUGCUUUGAGGUACUUUGGCUGGACUCGUGACGACGCAGGUGUUUGGCACACUCGCCAUGGCUCCUUUCAGGCGGGCGACGUCGGUGCUCCUGCCCUGCGACGGCUCAUGCGUCAGGACGGUGCGCGCAAGCUCUUCUUGCAAGACAACAAGGCCAAGCAGGCUGGUGGCUUUGACGGCGACUUUGACUUGAACUACCAAGUCAAAACGCGUGACGUGGCCCAAACCUACCCGCUGCGCGUCAUGGUUGGUGCAGCUUCUGACGCGAGGAGCUUGACGCCUAAAGACGGGAACGUGCAGGACUUGGUUUGCACUUGUGGCUUUGCAGGCCCUACCAGGACGCACUUGACCUUUGACUGUCCUCGAGCUACGUGGAGCUCUGCGCGGCGGACUUUGCUGGAGCGGCGGUUCUUGGCGGCGCUUCGCCCUCUACCUCCCCGGCGCCCGCUUGCGGACUACAGCGUGCAGGUCGGUGAGGUGGCAGAGUACUUGAGCGAGCUUGACAGCGACCUCUUCCACUACGUGGCAACUGACGGUGGUUGCCUCCUUGCGAGAAAGGCGGAGGGUUUUCAGCAGGCUUCCUGGGCCGUCGCUUUUGCAGACAAAUCCUUUGGAGGCCUUGUUGAAGGACCGGACCAGACGGCGGCGGAAGGUGAGCGCGUUGCAGUUUUCAUACUGGCUGAAGCGCUCCUUCUUCACGGACGGUGGCUGCGACUUCUCGUGGACAACCAAGCUGUCGCUGGCAGGUUGCUUGGCGGUGAGGCCGCGUGCGAAAAUGGUGACCCUUGGAGGCCGUGGAAGCGUGUGGCAAAGGCGGUGCGUUGGCUGCAAGUGGCAUGGGUUCCGGCUCACAACAAGCAGGCCUCUUGGACGCCUCCCUCAGGCUGGAUUGAUGCCGACGCUUGUCGAGCUCUUAAUAGGCGGGCAGACGCUGCUGCUGGCUCGGCUUUGCAGCCUUGCAGUCAAGCAGUGGCUCACGCGGCUCGUGCCGCUGACGAGAGGUUUGAGUGGGUGCGGGAUGCUGUGGCAGCUCAGCGAGCAGCUACGCAGGACUGGCAUGAUCGCUUCGUCAACAUGAUCAGGCAGCAGCGGCGUCAAUCGGUUGAUUUCUUGCCGCAUUGGCUGGCCCCCUGGCUGUUGUCAGCGGUCGUGGCGAAUUCCCUUGUGGCUGCUUCCUGUAGCCUUAUGACUUUUUACGCGCCUGAGGAAAUCGUCAACUCCGUCACAACCUUCUGCACUAGGAUAUUGCCUCGAAACUUCGUCAAUUCGCCAUCCGGUGCGCUUGUCACAGAUGCGGUUUGGGCAGUAAUGGGUGUAUUGAUGGGUGCGACUUGUGGCACGCUGGCAUCGGUUCCAUGGAUCAUCGCUUGCAAAGCUAAGCUGCAGGGCCACGCGCUGAUGCUGGAGCAGAUGGCUUGUUUCGACUGCCGGGCUGCGCAAUGCACGAUAGAGGCUGACCGAGUCCUGGUGGAACAGCAGGUCCAGAGGCUUUUCAUGUCGCAACACGACGAACCUGUGGUUCAUGCGGCCUCCUCUCCUGGAACUUACGAACACCUGCAGACGACCUCGAAUCCGUCCACUAUGUCGUCUAUGUCCGAGACACCCCAGAUCCAUGCGACUAGUAUUCAGGCUGAGCAGGAAGCGCUGGACGCUUUUAGCAGCUACAUUCGUGAUCCCCUUCGUUCUGCGGUGAUGGAAAGUGUCGGCAGUCAGCUCCAUGUGCCAUACCGGAUGUGA